CGAUAUAUGCAAUGCCGCAUUGAAAGGUUUCAAGUCCAAACGUGAUGAUGCAAAAGCAAAACACAGUGGACGCCAUGUUCAUAUCGUCGUCCUGCCGCCGUUGAUCUACGCUGCUUCCCUCCACUAACCGGCAUUCAUCAGAAGAAGGAAGCAAUCCAUUUCGAAAGGAAAAGGAAAUUUUGGUUUUGGUGGUGAUGGGUAAUCGUGAAAAUGAAAAGCAUUCGAUUCUUAUGGUCUCUGAUUUUUUCUAUCCCAACGUUGGUGGUGUCGAGAAUCACAUCUACUGCCUCUCUCAAUGCUUGCUCAACUUAGGCCAUAAGGUGGUGGUUGUAACUCAUGCUUAUGGAAAACGCUCUGGGGUUAGAUACAUGACAGGUGGUUUAAAAGUCUACUAUGUUCCAUGGAGACCAUUCUUUAAUCAGAACACAUUUCCAACUUUGCAUGGAACACUCCCAAUUAUAAGAACUAUUCUCACUCGAGAAAGAAUUACCGUUGUGCAUGGACAUCAAACCUUUUCAACACUUUGUCAUGAGGCCCUUAUGCAUGCUAGAAUCAUGGGAUACAAGGUUGUGUUUACCGAUCAUUCCUUGAAUGGUUUUAGUGAUGCUGGAAGUAUACACAUGAACAAGGUUUUGCAGUUUACCUUGGCAGAUGUGAGUCAGGCUAUAUGUGUUUCUCAUACAAGUAAGGAGAACACGGUUUUGAGGUCGGGUUUGGCGCCGGAGAAGGUUUUUGUAAUACCUAAUGCUGUUGACACUGCCAAGUUUAAGCCAAUGUCGGAGGAGGAGCGCCGUAGUUCUAAACCUAGUAGAUCCGAAAUUGUUAUUGUUGUUAUCAGUCGAUUGGUUUACCGUAAAGGAGCCGACUUGCUUGUUGAAGUCAUUCCAGAAGUGUGCAGAUUGCAUCCUAAUGUUCAUUUCAUUAUUGGAGGUGAUGGACCUAAGCGUGUACGGUUGGAGGAGAUGAGAGAAAAGCAUUCUCUUCAAGAUCGAGUUGAUUUGUUGGGAGCUGUACAACAUACAGAAGUCCGAUCUGUUCUAAUAAAAGGGCAUAUUUUCUUAAACAGUUCCUUAACAGAAGCUUUUUGCAUAGCCAUAUUAGAGGCUGCUAGUUGUGGAUUGUUAACAGUCAGCACGCGUGUCGGAGGUGUUCCUGAGGUUGUACCAGAUGAUAUGAUUGUUUUGGCAGAACCUGAUCCAAGUGAUAUGGUGCGCGCAAUCCAGAAGGCGAUAACUAUGCUGCCUAAAAUUGAUCCUCAAGUCAUGCACAAUCGAAUGAGGGAACUCUAUAGCUGGCAUGAUGUUGCCAAAAGAACCGAAAUUGUAUAUGAUCGUGCUUUGAAGUGUUCUGAUCAAAAUCUACUUGAACGACUCUCACGACACCUCUCUUGCGGAGCAUGGGCAGGAAAGAUCUUUUGCUUGGUUAUGAUCUUCAGUUUUUUGUUAUGGCAUAUAUUGGAGCUAUGGCAGCCUGCUGAUGAUAUCGAGGAGGCGCCAGAUUUCAUUCUCACACCCAACCAUGAUGAAUUGGAGGGAUGUUGCAGAAAACCCAACAAUGCAGAAAAUCAGAAGAAUAGUAGUGAUACUAAUAUAUAUGAUAAUAGUGGUAACAAUAAUAUUUCAUAGGGAAAAGAUAUAUUGUUGUAUAGAAAAAUAUGAAAUUGCAGAGAAUUCUGAUCAGGUUCUUUGAUUUUUCUUUAUUUAUAUGAUGAUAAGGUGCAAACAACAACAUAAAAUAUAGUACUACUUCAUUAAUUAUGUAGAGAGAGGAAGAGAUAGAAUGAAUACAUUGGUGUUCACUGAACUGGUGAAUUUGCAUUCAGUUUCAAUAUCAGCUAUGUGGUAGUUCGAGAUCUCCAACAUGGACAAAGUUGUUGCAUCUGAUUUGGUAAAAGAUCAUUGGCCAUGUAUGUAUGAUUAUGAAAGUGUCCUUAGAUUUGUCUGAAGUGAGAACAUUGUGCAUACGGGUUGUGUGAUAUAUUUAAAUUGAAAAUAAAUGAAAAAGCCGUGCAUGUGAAAUUAUUUUUUUUUA